AUGUAUUGGCCGACUUCGAGAAAUGAGCGAUGGUUCUGUUGGACCGUAUGGGUGCAAGCAGUGGCCGUGCUGGUCCUGGAGAUCUACAACCUCUCUCAAUGGGAAUCAUGGCUCCAUCCCAAUAGCAACCAAGUCCCCGUCUCCUACCUCAUACCUGUCAAUCUUUCCCUCAUCAUGUUCGCCGUAUUCUACGAAUCGCUCAUAUCCCUAAAACUCAUGCACGACAAAAGCAACAUUCUACUGGUAGCGAUCUGUGUCAGUAAAGCCUGCAUAUUCGCAUAUUCGAUCCUGCAGUACACAUCCAUGCACGCAAACGUGAUUACGAUCCAGGGAAGUCGAGAUUCUCUCAAUCAGCCUCUGGUGGAUUUAUCGCGGGAUUUGUGGAAGGAGAUUCAUCCGACGGAGGUGACUGUGCCAAUUGUUGUUGGCAUUGCGACUGCGAUCGUGUGUCCGGUUGCGUAUCGGUUGCAUAAGGAGUACUCGUGGGCUAUAUAUCAGUGUGUGCAGGGGGAUCCGAAAGUUCGGUUCAGGUAUAGGGGAUACGAGGUCUACCUUGUCUUGAUCAUAUUCGACGUUUAUUUCCUCAUUGGCUUCAUAAUCCAGUACAAUCUGGUCGACGUACACUUCAACGAGCCCGAGUUCUCAUUGACCAUGGCUCUCAUUCCGGCCGUAGUUAUGAUCAUGGUUCUGAGCGUGUACUUUGUCCGAUCUGAGAACAGGAUUGGAACUGUCAUCGUUAUAAUCUCCUACCUCGGCCUCCUAGCAUAUAUCAUCUCCCGUAUCGUCGUUCUAUGCGGACAUAGCCUGCUCGCAAACACCCCAGGAAAAUAUAUGAUGCUACUGUUCGCCUUUGUAGCGUUAAUUUUCACCUUUCUCGCAACGGCAUGUGCUAUCUUCUGCGUAUUGAAUUUCGAGCAUGGUCUCCAGUCGGUGUUCGAUCGGAAGAGUGAGAUUCCGCGACAGUCUUUUGUGUUUCGGGAGCUGCCGAGUCGGUAUGAUAGCGCUCGCGAGUCGUCAAGGAUGUCACUUGAGUAG